CCACGGGCAUGGAUGUUGAAGGCUUGAUUUUACUGCUGAAAAAAGCGUCCAGCAAAGGGAAGAGUGAACGGGACCCUCGAAAUGCCCGAAGGUCCUUCGCUAUAAAGUGGGGAAAGAAAUAUGGUCUCGAGAAACUGCUUGGAACAAAAUGGUUAGGCCCUGAAGGGGAAACCCAGUUCUGUUUUUCAGUCUUGGAAAAGGUUCGCGAAAAAGAACAUAAGUUCUUAACCUUGAGACGCAAAGCAUUAUCGCUGUACAACGUGGACGUCACCGGUUCAGUGGGUGGUGAUGCUUUUGCGCCUUCCAUCGACAAGUACAAACUCGGUGAUAAAGAUGGUCCGCAUCAGUGCUACGCCAGAGUGCACAGGGUGGCACUGGAAAAACUUGCUCCUCUACAGUUGGAAGAAAAGCUUAGCCGUGACGCGGAGAAGUUACGGGAAGCUGCUGCCUCACAGGCGAGUGGCGCUAGGGCUUCCCGAGAGGUGUUCAAAAAAGAUAAUCUCGAGCUUUUGACAGCAGACGACAUCGUCUCAGCAGCUGGAUAUUCGGGUAUCACCCAGCAUACGGAUUUGUGGCGCGUGACAGGUCUCAAGCUUCUCAUCGAUGCUGUCGAGAGACAGACCGUUACGUUGCAACACAAGAUUAUCCGGAUUAGAUUCGAGGGAGACCUCGAGAAUGCUCAGAUUCCGAAGUUGGAACAGGAAAUAACUGAAGCCGAAGAUCAGGUUCGCAAAGAGCUGCAAGAGUGGGCAGAAUACCUACAAGCUCUUGUUCAACUGCAAGUGGGCCACGGCGAUGUAACUGAGGCCAGCAACAAAGUUGUUGCGUAUGGUAGUUUGCAAAAGGAGGAAUUUGUUGCUGCAACAAUCAGGCGCGCCAAGCUUGAACAGGAGUUUAGCAAACACCAGUGCCUUCAAGAUCUGCGGGGCUAUCACGAUAAGGCGCUUGAGCAGGAACAGACUGUCAGGAACCUCUUCGAUUUGCUGGAAACGCGUUACCCUAAACAAGUUGCUGGCGAUAACGCGGCGUUGCUCUUGCGUCGCUCUUUUGACGAGACUGCUAAUGCGCUGCACCCCUUUCCUCCCCUCGCGCAGGCGUCUUCGCAC